AGAUCCAUAAUACAUUACAUAGAAUACAAAUGGAUUCUAUGAAAUCAAUAUGAUGAAUGAUUGAUGGGGAAAGAUGGGCAAAUCAUAUAAAUAGUUAAGAUAUUGAAAGAUAUUUGAAUUGACGAUAAACAGGCAAAAAUUUGCUCAAUCUCAAGAAUAAACCAAAAAUGCUAAUGAAAACAGUAAAAUAUCUGGUGCUUGGAUAAGACAGGCUUGUAAAAGUUGCUUGUCUUACAAGACACCUAGGAAAUAAGUUCACUCAGUCCUGGGAAAACAAUGAAAGAUCUGGUUUUGCCUAAGAGAUUGUCAGUAAAUUUAAAAUGUACUUAAUACAAAGCUGCUGUUUUAAUGCUCACCUGGUUCCUGUUAAAAAGCAACAUCUCAAGGCCGGGCACAAUGACUCACACCUGUAAGCCCAGCACUUUGGGAGGCCAAGGUGAGAGGAUUGCUCCAGCGGAGAAGUUUGAGUUUGAGACUAGCCUGGGCAACAUAGUGAGACCCUCAUUCCCACAAACAGUUUUAAAAUUAGCCAGAUGCAGUGGCGCAUGCCUGUAGUCCCAGGUACUCAGGAGGCUGAGGCAGGAGGAUUGCUUGAGCCCAGGUGUUCAACGCUGCACUGAGCUAUGAUUUCUGUACUGCACUCCAGCCGGGGCAACAGAGCAAAACUCAUUUUCUAAAACGAAACAAAACAAAAGCAACACCUCAACAGUCCUCCCUUCCUCCAGCUGUGCCUCCCCUGCAAGCAUAGGGCACAUUCUAGUUGUGAUUCUGAAAGCCUAUUUUAUCUUUAUUUUUAAUUUUUGUGGGUACAUAGUGGAUGUAUACAUUUAUGGGGUACAUGAGAUGUCUUGAUACAGGGUGUUCAUUACCUCAAGCAUUUAUUCUUUCUUUGUGUUACAAUCCAAUUACACUUUUAGUUAUUUUUAAAUGUACAAUGUAGGCCUUGUUGUGGUAUCAAACACCAACUCUUGUUCAUUCUAUCCAACUGUAUUUUUGAACCGAUGGAGAUGGUGAAUGAGAGCCCAUUUUUGGGAGGCAGAAGCGCUCAGUCUGGCUAUGGGGAGCGACUGUCCCCUGGCAGACGGCGGGUGAAGGAUCCGCCGCAGAGAAUCCCCCAACUUCAACCGCGGGCCUGCGCCUGAGGAGCCGCCGCUCCGCGCCCACGUGGCGGUGCCUGGAGCUGAAAUGGACACCAAAAACACCCCCUGCGGCCCUCCCUUCUGGCGCUUCGGACCUGGGAGGGGGUCACCGGGGAGGAGCCCACCCGGGAAGAUCAAGAUCAGGCAGUGUCUAGAGCUGGGGAGUGGGCUGGGGUGGGGGAAGGAGGCGAGCAGAGGGGGCGCGCCUGGAAGUCCCCCUCAGAGGCUGCUGCUGUCAGGCAGGGUGCCCCCCGAGCGGCGCGGAGAAGCUGCCGAUUUUUGUUUUGGCAGGGCUGUCACUGUUGAGUAACUUCUGUGCCGGGUGUUGCUUUCAACCACGUUACCGCCCUUACGCGUCACAGUGAGGCUGAGUCGCACCCGGGCUAUGGCCCUGGAGGACGGGCGGAGGUGGGGUGGGAAGCCCCAGGCAGGGUCAGGGGUUGUGUUCUGCUCAGGUCUGAUGGAGAGAGGAGCACCCACCGCGCACAGGGCUGUCGCAGGGUCAGCGAUGGCAAGCAGGCCACAGUGUUUGGAUAAAACAGGCUCGUAAAAGUUGCCACGCAAGACACCUGGGAAAAAAGUUCUCUCCGUCCUGCGAGUUAGGCAUCUUACAACAUUCCAGCCAAGCAGGGGCUUCGGGUUGGAGACGGGAGGCUGGCACAGCAAUGGGGACAAGCUGUGAGCUCGGAUGCCCCUGCUGAGCUGCCAGUUCCUGAAGGGUCACCGGGAGCAGCGCCUGGCCCACCUGGUCCUGAGCUUCCUCACCAUGGGAUAUGUGUGGCAGGAAGGAGAGGCGCAGCCUGCAGAGGUUCUACCAAGGAAUCUCGCCCUUCCGCUUGUCGAAGUCUCCAGGAACUUGGGGCUCCCUCCUAUCCUGGUCCACUCAGACUUGGUGCUGACAAACUGGACCAAAAAAGAUCCAGAUGGCUUCCUGGAAAUUGGACAAGAGUGUCCAGUAGAAAAACUGGUCAGUUGGGUGUUAGAAGGUGAAGACAUCAUUUCCCAAGCUAAUGUCCCGGCUGGAACAAUGAACCUGGAAACCAUCAUCUCAUUUCCUGGGGGAGAGAGCCUGCAUGGUUUUAUACUGGUGACUGUUUUGGUGGAGAAAGCAGCAGUGCCUGGGAUAAAGGCUCUUGUUCAGGCCAUGAAUGCCAUCUUGCAGCCCAGCCAGGAGGCCCUGCUCCAAGCCCUGAAGCAACUGAGACUUUCUAUUCAGGACAUCACCAAAACCUUAGGGAAGAUGCAUGAUUAUGUAGAUCCAGACAUAUUUUAUGCAGUCAUCCGGAUCUUUCUCUCUGGAUGGAAAGAUAACCCAGCAAUGCCUGCAGGGCUGAUGUACGAAGGAGUCUCCAAAGAGCCCCUGAAAUACUCCGGCGGGAGUGCAGCACAGAGCACAGUGCUUCAUGCCUUUGAUGAGUUCUUAGGCAUUCGUCAUAGCCAGGAAAGUGCUGACUUUCUGUACAGAAUGAGGGAUUACAUGCCUCCUUCCCAUAAGGCCUUCGUAGAAGACAUCCGCUCAGCACCUUCCCUGAGGGACUACAUCCUGUCCUCCGGACAGGAGUACUUGUUGACAGCCUAUAACCAGUGUCUGCAGGCCCUGGCAGAGCUGCGGAGCUAUCACAUCACCAUAGUCACCAAAUACAUCAUCACAGCUGCAGCCAAGGGAAAGUGUGGGAAGCCAAACCAUCUCCCAGGGCCUCCUCAGGCUUUAGAAGACAGGGGCACAGGUGGAACUGCAAUUAUGAGCUUCCUUAAGAGUGUCAGGGAUAAGACCUUGGAGUCAAUUCUUCACCCACUUGGUUAGGAGGCUGCCCGUUCCCCAGCAGUGCAAAGCCCCCCGUGGAGGGAAGGUGGGCCUGGAGAAUGAGGGUCAGGGUUCUGCCUGGGAUCGUCCAGGAAGGAUCUCAGCCCUAUUCAUGUUCCUGCUCUACAGAGCGUCCUAUUCUCCCUGUUGAGAGCUGUUGGCUUCACAAAGGAGAGUUGAUGUGGCCAAGACUUUCCUUCCCUACCUGAUCACUGCUUAACAGCAAGUAUUGUGGAUACUUCCUCAUGCAGAACCCCCCAGAGGAGUGACUGUACCCCAUUCUCUUCACCAAGGAAUAGAAAACCAAUCUAAAUUUCAAAAAUCAGAUAAAAUUGCGUGUGGAUUCAUUACCUGGCUGAUUUCCUUAAAAAACAAAUUAACUUAACAAUUCACUAAGUACAGACUGAACACUGCCUCCAAGAUUAGAACAAGGAUUUCUGUGGUCCCAGACCAGCCCUCUUCUCCCUGAAUGUGUUGAGUUUGGUGGCAGGCGGUUGGAAAUGCUCCAGCGGUGAUGUGGAAGAAAGAGGAUGCUGACAAAUAAGGACUUGGAAGUCACCAGUGUGAAAAGGAGCAGUUAAUGAUACAGGGACAGAUGAGACUUGCCACUUGGUACACAGAUUUCCAAAUUCUAUUGUAAUGCGUUUCUUUAUCUUUAGAAGAAUUAUUCUCUCUUCCUACUCUGAAAAUCUGUAUUUGUAAAAUGAAUGAAUGGAUUCUUUCUAAGUAAACAAGGAAGAUGGGAAUAAGUAGUAAAUUGAUGUGUUUAGUGUGCAAAUAAAUGUAAACGCUUUUAUUGA